AUGGCCGCACCCCCGGUAGUUGAGGUCAACAAGCAGCUCUGGGACGACGCUCUCACUCGGCUUCUUGACCUCUCUACCGUGACCGUCAAGAGGAAUGCGGAGCUGGAAACCAGAGUGGCGGAGCUCGAGGUCGAGCUCGCCGUUUGGAAGCAAGCGCACUCGGUUGUUGUCGAAGCUGCCGAGCGCGAGAAAAAGGCGCAUAACGCGCAGGUCGCCACGUUCAAUAGGCAGCUGUCCUCUACGGAUCACCUCAAGGUGAGACAAAGUAUCUUACAACCCGCUGCUUUCCGUGACAUUCGGGCACAGAAUCAGAGUCCCCUCAUCCUUUGCGUCGUAGAUGGGGACGCCAAUGUGUUUAGUUCAACCCUCAUCGCCAAAGGUCAGCAGGGCGGCCGUGAGGCGGCGCAAGAGCUCACGAAGGGAAUUGCCGAGCACCUUUCCCAAGAGGGCGUUCAAGCAUUUGGAAGACUCUCCUUCUGGGUCACGGUCUACUAUAACAAGCGAAGCCUUCUGAGCAUGCUCCAGAGCGAAGGCGUAUGUUCCGCCGAGCAGUUCGAGGCAUUCAUGUCCGGUCUUAGUCAGGCUUCUCUCCGCUUCCUUUUAGUGGACGUCGGCCCGGGUAAGGAUGGCGCCGAAGCCAAAAUCCUGGAAUAUCUGCAAACAUAUGUUUAUCUUCCGCAGACUUUGCGGAUUUUCCUCGCAGGGGAGCGUACUGCCGCCUAUUUAUCGACGUUAACGGCAAUUUAUAAAAAAGAGCUGCUCGGAAAAGUCGUCGUCUUGCAGGGGCGCGAACGGCUCUCUGGGGACUUUGACCAUCUUCCGAUGCACUGUCUGAGUAUUGAAGGCUUGUUUGAGCCUCGACUUUCCGCAUACGUCCAAAAACGGCCGGGACCGAUCCCCUUUACGGACGUGAAUCGCAAUGUUACUACUCACGGGGGACUCAUCAGCCCUCAGUCCGAAUCACAGUCUACGACACCCUCUAGUUCUACUCAAACGCGUUACACUAAUAAUGGCACCCAGCCGAUAGACCCCACAAAGGUUUGA